AUGGCUUGGUGUUUUGUUUCGGACACUGUUCACGUCCAUGUGGUAGACAUUCAAGACAUGUCGAGAACGACCAGAGUGAGAAAACUCACAGAAGCACUCAAAAUGAAGACGGUCAAGGCACACCUUGAAGAUGGUGUGGUGAAGUUACUCAGUUUGGACACCUUCAAAGCAGAAACUGAGUUCAGUGAGGGCCUCGAUGAAGUAACAGGAUCAAGAACUGCCUUUGUCAAGCUGUUCAACGAUAAAGAAAUUCAAUCGAGAACAGACCGUUUCAAGCGAAAACAGUCAGCUUCUGCUUACAAAAUAUUCAAAUAUUUCAGUCGCAAUCAUUCUACGGAUUCGUCUCAAGUAGCAAAAGGGAUUCUUGCAGAUCAUAACCAUAGGAAAACAAAAAUCCAGAAAUUGCAGAAUGAGAAGAGUCAGCAAAAUGAGGACAGCGCAAGGGCAUCAACUAGUACAAAUGCUCCCUUACAGCUGUCAAAUAAUGAGGCCUGUAGAUCGCUUGAACAGGACUUUAGAAAGGAGAAAUUGAUAGGACAAUGUGUACAGGUACACAUCCGUAACUUGAGGGAGCCUUUGGCCGCUAGAAAAGUUAGGGAACUUGACAAUGGACAUGUUGAAAAUCUGAGAAGAAGUUUUUUAAGCUCUGGGGUUCAACAAACGAAACUUCUGGCAGGACUUCUAGUUAAGGGGGGCCCAGAUGAUUUGCUUAUACCAGGAAACGCAGAAGUGGAGGUGCUGGGAGGCAAUCACACUCGAGCAGCAAUCGAGUCCCUGUUCUCCAGUGGGAUGAUGGGAGGAACUGUUCUGGUGACAUUAUUUGAAAACCUUACUGAUGAGGAGGCCUUGCUGAUUGGAGUUAGCCACAAUCAACAAGAUGAAGAAGCCAAAUUCAUGUCAUUCAUAGACAAGGUGUUGAUAAUAAAAACCAUCAAGACGAUAUCAAAACAAUGGUCAUCAUCUGCAAUGAAAAUCUUUGGGUUCAAGUCACUUGCCGAGACUAGGAACAAGCUCAGGACAAUGGCUGCUGUGGCAGAUCUGGACCAGGAACUGUUCAAGAAGAUUGUGGAACUCGCUCGUGCAUAUAAAGGGGUGACACCAAUCAAACAGACUGCGUUCACAGCAUUUGUUACCAAGUCUGUUGAAGAGCAGAGCAAACUUCUUACCUCCUGGGAACGUGAAGGGUUUGAACAAUUCAAAAAAGAAAUGAGAAUUACAGGCACAAAGAAGAAAAUAUGUCCAGAGGAAAACGAAGCUGAUGACAACCGAGAUGAUGAUGAGACUGAACAUGAUGGUGGAUGCAGUGCUGCUGAUCAUGCAAAGCAGGAAGAAAUAGAAAGCCUUAAGAAACAAAUGGAUGUUUUGAGGAAGAAGUUGAAGGAUGCUGAGGAAGAAAACGUUCAACUUAAGGUUACAAAGUGA